AUGGAGAAACGCAGCCUCCUGUCCUUCACGGUGACCCUGCUGGGUCUUCUGAACCCGUGUCUGACCAGACUGCCCCCCAGAGUCUCGUUUCCUAUCGGUAGUCCUGGAAGAAGUCUCACCCGCUUCAGCAGCCACGAUGUCAGAAACACCACCACGCUGCUGCUGAGUGAUGAUGGAGACGUGCUGUAUGUAGGAGCCAGGGAUUCUGUGUUAGCUCUGGACGUUAGCCACGACAACGACAUCAUACUGAAGAGCAAGAUGGACUGGAGCCCUUCAGACAAAGACCUUGAACAAUGUUCCAUGAAGGGCAAGAAAAUGGCCGACUGUCCCAACUUCAUCCGAGUGCUGCAGUUCUUGAACUCUACGCACCUCUAUGCAUGUGGAACAUUCGCUUUCAGUCCACGCUGUGUCUACAUCAACUCAGAAACAUUAACGAUGAGCCUCAGGCCUGAUGAAGGAAGAGGUCGCUGUCCCUAUGACCCCUACCAGCGCAACACUGCCAUCGUCGUGGAUGGAGAGCUUUAUACAGGAACUGUGGCAGACUACAGAGGGAACCGGCCGGUCAUCUCCCGGUACCUCAGCGAGGGCAGGCGUGUUGACUUGAAGUUAGACGACACACUAGGAUGGCUGGAGGAUCCAACCUUCAUCAGCUCUACCUUCAUUCCGGAUGAGGGGAAGAUCUACUUCUUCUUUAGCGAAGUGGGCAGAGAGUACAACUUCAUAGACAAAUUUAUCGUCUCACGCAUUUCUCAGAUCUGCAUGAGUGAUGUUGGAGGUCAGCGGACCCUGCAGCGACGCUGGACCACGUUCGCCAAAGCUCAGCUGUUGUGCCAGGCCGACAACGAGCUGCCGUACAAUGUGAUCCAGGACAUAGACACCCUCCCUCCAGCAGAUGGCGCUCCUGAGGACGACACGCUCUUUUAUGGCAUCUUCACCUCCCAGUGGUCUGUCAACUCUGGACGGUCAGCAGUGUGUUCAUUCCGCCUGACCGACAUCAAAUCAGUGUUUGCUGGUAACUACAAAGUCCUGAACAGGGACACGUUGCAGUGGAGGGCAUGGGUUCAAGAAAAGGUUGCAAAUCCAGGAGAGUGUGGCCUCCACAAUGCCUCCGACAACGCCCUGCGCUUUGUCAAAGAGAACUUCCUGGCGGAUGAAAGCGUGCGACCGGUUGGAAGAAGCCUGACCCUUGUGUCUGCUGAGCACAACUACACCCACCUGACUGUCCAGAGAGUCCAGGCGGCCAACAGCAGACACUACACUGUCCUGUUCUUGCUCACCGAGUCUGGUUGCUUACACAAAGCAGUGCUGCUACAGAGUGGGGCCCACAUCAUUGAGGAAGUUCAGGUUUUUGAGCAACCUCAGCCCAUCAAGAGCUUGAAGCUCUCCAUUCCCAAGGGUGUGAUAUAUGUUGGCACAUCAGAGGGUGUGGUGAAGGUUCCAACGGCCAACUGCUCUUUCUACUGGACCUGUGCUCAGUGUGUUCUGGCCCGGGACCCCUUCUGUCAUUGGGACCCUGUCAGCAGGGCCUGUGUGGUGGUCUCGAAAACCCACACCCCUCUAGGCCAGGACAUAGAUGGGGGCAACGUUGAGGAGGCGUGCAACAGCGUUUCUUUAACACGUAAAACCAGAUUUGGUCCAAGCAAGCUGCCUGCAGCCUCGUGUCCUGCAGGUGAGCUGGUGUCGGUGUCUCUGAACGAGGUGGUCCACAUACAGUGUCCUGCGGCGUCGCAGCUGUCCCAGCAGGUGUGGGAGCGUCCCAACAGCAGGCUGUCCUCAGACCUGUACCUUUUCCUGGAGGAUGGGAGUCUGAGCUUCGUGGCCACCCCUGCCACACUGGGCCACUACCUUUGCCUGUCCAUUGAGAAUGGCUACCAACAGACUAUGGCCAUCUAUCAUGUCAAACAGAAGAGCAGCCCCAUGACUCAAAGCCCAACCAGGUUCCCCGGCCCUCAGACACACCCCAUACCCACCACACAAGCUGUGACCCGGCAUGGACCUGGACUGCACACCUCUGUGGGGACCUGGCCUAAAAGAACAGAAUCAAGACAAGAAGAGACGAGGCCAACACUGUCCAUCAGAAACACUCAAGUCACCACGAGACAGCUGGGCAGAAACCUCGUCCUGUGGACAGAGACAUCUGGACAGAAAGAGACUGACCUUCACGGUGGAGAGCCCUUGCUGGCAGCCCAACGCCCAUGCUACCUGAAGGAACUGGUGGUUGUGUCGGUUCUUCUGGUGCUCUGCCUCAGUCUACUGAUCACGAUGGUUCUGUAUGGGCUCCGACAGCGAUGCCGCAGCAGAACAGCCCCCCAGGCAGGACCUGCAACUAGAGAUUCUGACAGAAGGACCCCUGUGGAGCAGGAGGCAUUAAAUGGAAACGAACUCUUGAACAAACACAACGGACAAGCGCGACAUGGUGAACGGGUCAGUGGGCUAUUUUGUAACGGGGCGCUCACAGGCCCUAACGGACAUUUGCCCAACACCCCAUCUGAACAGUCCUAGGCAUUUAAAUUGUUUUAGAUGAAACUAGCAGUGAGGGGAGUUAGCAUGGCGAAGACUACCCAGUGGGAGGUACAGCCAAUAAGAAGGUACAGACACUGUGGACUGUUAUCCUCACAUGUGACAUGAUGAAAGACAAUCUCCUGGAGGUACUGAAAUGAAAACACAAAACUGUUCAAGGUCCAAGACACAUUGGUUUUCCUGUGGUCUUUUAACUCAUUAGGGUAAGAUGGUCAAAGGAUCAGGGUAUCGGUACGGUAAUUUCUUUGAAUGUUUUUUUAUAGACUAGUCUAAUGAAACACCAAUGAAAAAAUUAGAUAUUUUAAAAUUUACACCAGAGUCUGUGUUGAUUGUUUAUGCAGAAUCAGAUCUAUGUAUGUAUCUCCAGUGCUUAUAUUCUUCUUAUUUCCUCGCACAACACAAUUUCGAAGAACCGUAAUUGAGAUUAUAUUCAGUGGCACAGUUCUCCCUGUCCAGUAGGUACGGUGUCGUUUUAACACAAAGAAGCCAUCAGUAGGUGGUUCGACUCUUUUCUUUUGUUUGUGACGUGAUGUAACACACAAACAGUGAAUGUGCCUUGGCAGCAUUUUAGAUGAUGUUCUGAUGGAGCUGUUGAUCAACUCACUGGUUUCCUUUGCGUUGUGCACCUUUGACCAUUUGAACACCUCAAUAAACAUGAACCCACCACUGUAGUGAUGGCACAGGGCUGUCUUUUGAUAGGUUCAGAUGCACUUCAGUAAACAGGACGGGGUUCUGAUGUCGAGUGAUUCACUAAACGUUGUAUAAACAAGAAAACUGGGCUGCUUCUUGUCUGCCUUAAUGUCUCCUCACUCUUUGAAUAAGUUGGUCUGCCGUCGUUAAAGAUGGGCAGGGAGGGCCCAAAACUGAUUUAAGAUCAGAUGCUAAGUUGUUCUACAUGUUUUUAUAUGGGAGUAAUUUCAUUAGAUAUUGCUGUAUUUAUAUGUCUUAUUGUAGAAGAGAAAGCAUAAAUGUUAAGCGUGUGCA